AUAUUUGAAAAAAGAAUGAUUAAUUUCAAAGAUUAUCUUGUCAUCUAGAAGGCAAUGAAAUCUCAAACAAAACAUAACCUUUCUUUUUUGUUUAAAACUUUGAAGUUGUUAUCUGGUUUAAAUUGUGAUAGUUUCUAUUCUAGUGAAAAAACGUUGGUUUAAUAGAAUGUGAAGAACGACUGGACAAUGUGUGUUGGAAUGGAGACAUAACCCACAAUGCUUCCAAAAACUGAGCUAUACUUCAAUGGAUUAGUGUGGCUUUCCGCUCUUCUGUUUGCUUCCUACCAUGUGUAUGAAGCAGGAAAAUAUUUUGAAUUUUCCGACUAUGCGGAAGACUUUGAAGAUGGCUGGCUUUGGAACCUGAAGAAAGACUGUGCCGAUUAUGAGUGGCAAAUGUGGUUGAAUCUGUUAAAAUCCAUCUACCCCUGGUUUUUUGUUCAUCUUAUAGCAUCCGAAAUUACAAGAUGGAUGUUUUUGGAGGCAGUUCCAAUAUGCUAUUUCGUGACAACAAUUUUAGUUGUAUUGAAUGCAUUUGGUCCCGAGAUCUGUCUGAUUUUCAUCAGUCAGGUGUGUCUUUAUUACUUGGCUCUUCAGACUAGAUCGACCAUUGUUGUAUGGAUAUUAUCUGUAUUACUCCUAUACGCAAUAUAUGGUUUCAGAUAUGGAUUAUCAUACUUAUUAGUUUCUAUUGGCUUAACAGAUCAUACUCUUUAUCUCAAUACAGCUGUCGUAUCUGCGUGGAUAUUGCUGAAAUGUAUAAGUUUCUGUUUGGAUCAUAUAAAUGGCAAAGCAAGAAUCGAGAAGAACUUCGAUGUAUUCAUCUCACUGUUGGGCUAUACCUUUUACUUACCACUUUUUUUCCUGGGCCCUUUCAUGAUGUAUGAGGAUUAUGAAAACGGGGUUAGUAGGCGAUUCAAAAUAUGGAACAGAGAGAGGCUUGCAUCAUUGACGUUCAACGUACUGCGUUAUACUUUUUGGAUGUUGGUCCUCGAUGUUUUCCUUCAUUUCUUUUACAUUCAUGCGUUUGAAUAUAAAUUGGAUCAACUGAAGGAAAUGGGCGCAUGGUACCUGAAUGGUGUUGUUUAUUAUUUGGCAUUAUUCUUUUACAUCAAGUACUUGGCAAUCUAUGGACUGACUGGGACCCUGGCUAGAGCAGAAAACUACGAUGCACCUCCACCCCCCGCUUGUGUUUGCUACAUGUAUUGCGAUUCGCAGCUGUGGCGGUCAUUUGACAUCGGCUUCUACUCAUUCAUGAAAAGAUAUAUCUACGAUCCAGUUCUAGGAGAGAAUAAGACAUUUUGGAGAAGAUUAGUAGCGUCUGGAGUGACAUUCUGUUAUGUUUUCUUAUGGCAUGGAUUCUCUGAAAACAUAUUUCUCUGGAGCUUACUGAAUUUCAUAGAACUUUCUCUAGAAUCAAUCAUGCGCUACAUUUCAAAAACUCACAUGUUCCAAGUCUGGGUGAACAAUACAUUCUCAAACAACAAUCAGAAAAGGUUGUUAGCCCUUUGCUUCGCGCCAUUCAGUAUUUUUGGGAUUCAUUUCAAUGCCUACAUGUAUUGCCCAGGAGAGGGAGGAGGUGUGAUCAACAGUCAAUUUCUAGAAGGAAAUUGGCUGUUCAAUUUUAUAUUCAUCAUUCUGGCAUAUAAUUUCUGCAUAACAGCUAUGGAAAUAUCCAGAUGGAAACAAAGAAAGCAUUUAAUAACUACUAAAUAUCAGUGAUAUAAUAGAAUCAUUUCCACUUCAGCACAUCAUUCUUUCUACAUAUUAUCACCGUUAUCCGUUUUUAUAAAUAAGAAAAUAUAUUUUUAAAA